CUUGAGGAUACACACUCUAUACACACACACACACACACACACACACACACACACACACACACUGCAAAGGACAUGGCACACAGUGUCAUACUGGAUGGACCGGCACCAUGGGGCUUCCGGCUGAUUGGAGGAAAGGAUUUCAACCAACCUCUCACUAUCGCCAAGAUAUCUGCAGGCAGCAAGGCCUCCAUGGUAGACCUCUCUCCUGGUGAUAUUAUCCUGGCUAUAGAUGGCAUCUCCACCAGCAACAUGAUGCACUGUGAAGCUCAGACUCGCAUAAAGCAGGCCACACGACAGCUCAGCUUAACCGUCCAGAGGCCAGAAACCAAACUGUGGACACCUCGAGUAAGAGAAGACGGCAGAGCGCAUCCGUUUAAAAUGAACCUGGAGGCAGAGAGACAGGAGUACAGGCCAAUAGGCACGGGCCAUAACCGGAGAGCCGCGCCCUUUGUGGCGGCGGCCAACAUUGACGACAAGCGACAGGUGGUCAGCUCCGCCUACAACUCUCCCAUUGGUCUUUAUUCUUCGGGCAAUAUCCAGGAUGCCUUACAGGGGCAGCUCAGAGGCCUAAUACAGAGCAAGCCAGAGAGUCCCAGGACGCUCACGUCUAUAGAAGAAUCAGAUGUAUACCGCAUGCUACAGAAGGAAGAGGGAGAGACGGAGCCUCAUGAACCCCGCCAAUCAGGAUCCUUCAAAGCCUUACAGGAUUACAUCAACAGUGAGGGAACACUUCCAGUCGUGACGAAGUCGGUGCAAGCGCCCAUCACUAAGCCUCUCUCGCCUGGAGGAAACUUGCACAAACUGCCCAUGUGUGACAAGUGUGGUAACGGCAUAGUUGGGAUGGUAGUGAAAGUUCAAGAUAAGUUUCGGCACCCUGGCUGUUUCGUCUGCUCGGACUGUGAGGAGAACCUGAAGCAAAAAGGCUACUUUUUCAUAGAUGACGAGAUCUACUGCGAAACUCACGCACAUGCUCGCGCAAAACCUCCCGAAAGCCCAGACCUGUAGAUACUACACACGCACACACACACACAAACACACACUCACAUCCAAAUAUUCUAAAAUAUUAAUAAUAAUAAAAAAAACGAUACUCACUUACAACUGCACUCACUUCAUACACAUACGCAACCGGUAUGGUGAUUUAUUGAGGAAACACCGCAGGAUGUUGAUUGCAUUGAAUGUUAGUUUAUUUGUGGGUUUUGAAACGUGUUUACACUGUGCUUUACACACACUCUAGGAAUAAGCUAUUGUGGAUAAAUAUUUAAAUAAAAUGAAAUGAACAACUGUG